GCCGCUUCGGCGUCGACGCCGCGGGCGGCGCGCUGGCGCCGCCCACGGCCGAGGCGCUGGCGCGCGGGGAGAGGCUCGCCAUCGCCAGGGAAGCCCGCGCGGCGAGGCGGGAGCUGCUCGCCGAGGCGGCGGCACCAGGCCAGCCCUCGGGUGCCGCGGCAGAGGCGGCCCUCGGGGCAUUCGCCAGGCGCGCGCCGGCGGACCGCCCGCAGGAGGCGCUGAUCAGGCGGCAGCUUCUCUCAGAGCUGCUCGACCUCGCGGGGCCAGAGCCUGCGCUGCUGGGCAACAUCGCCGAUCUCGAGGCCGCUCUCACCGCGCAGGAGUCGCUGGCCGUGGAGCUCAGGAACUGCCUUGGCGAGUACGCGGAUCAGGCAGUUCAGCUGCGGGCCAAGAUGGACGACCAGGAGAGGUCCUUGGCCGGCGCCGCAGAGGCCGUCGAGAAGGUCACGGCCGAGGCCUCGGCCCGCGAGGAGGACCACGAGCGGCAGAUGCGCGCCCUCCGGGACGAGCAGCAGCAGCAGCUGCAGGGGCUCCGGGAAGAGCGCGACGCCCUCUCCGCGAGCUUCCGGGGCCAGCUGGCGGAGGCGCUGUGCCGGGCGGACGGCGCGGAGGCCGCGCUCCGGGCGGCCCGGCGGGCGGACGCGCUCGCGGAGGCCGAGCGCGUGCUGGCGCUGAAGAGGGAGGCCUUCCGCGACGAGGCCGCCUGGGGCAUGGCGGUGCUGGGCGCGGCGGACGAGCAGGCCGUGCAGAGGCGCUUCGGGCUGCUGCUGGAGAGGCUGGACCCCGGCCGGGCGGGGUCGGCCUGCGAGGAGCUGGCGGCCGCCGCCGCCGCCGCCCGAGCGGCGCGCAGCGCCUGCGAGGGCGGGGCGGCUCGCGAGGCGCCGGAGGCCCCCUCCUGCCUCGCGGUGGACCUCUGGCCCGCGGCCCCCGAGCAGGCGCAGGGCCUCCGAGUGCGGUGGGAUCCCCCGCUGCGGGGGGCGUCGGUGCAGGCGGCCAAUCGACCAUGAUGAUACGUGGUGGCUGUUGUGGACCCCGCUUGCUCGCUGCCCGUCGUGGUCGCGACGCUGGAGGACAUGAGGGUUUCAGCCAGCAGAUGGGCCGCUUCCUGGGCUGCUCGGAGCUCACCUCCUGCAUUCUCUCCGAGCAAGAGCUGGCGGGCGUGGAGGGGUUCUGGGACCAGGCGCUGGCGACGUUGCAGGUGGCGGCGGAGAGCGACGCGGGGCGCUCCUCCUGGUCGGUGGUGCGGGUGGCGCUGAGCGCGGGGGCCUCCCCCGCCUCCGCGGCGGCGGGCCCGCUCUUCCGGGGCGCCGGCGCCGACGCCGACGGCGAGCUCACGUGAUGGGCGGCGGGCCCGCCUCCGCGGGGGGCGCGGCACGCGGGCCCGCCCCGCUGCCACGGAAG